UUUCGCGGCGGAAACUUUCAUUUCGUAAAUAUUAAAUACAGAUAUUUUUCAUCCAAACUUUUAAGACAUAGAAUGUCUACAGAGAAACUAAAUAAGUUCUUAAAAGCAUUAGACGCAGUCAGGCUAGACUAUACAUGUGGUUAUUGUUCAGAAUUGUGCAAAGAUCCGGUAACUCUGAGUACGUGUUAUCAUUUAAUAUGUUCGGAACAUUUUAAAAACAUUAGAAAUUGCCCCACAUGUAAUAUACCACUCACCGGUUGUACGGCGUUCGCGGACGACAGUUUGAAAGCAUGUAUUAACUCCACAAAAGAACUUAGCAAUAUAUUUGAGAGCUUUCGUAACAAAAAUGUGUUACAAAAUACAAAAGGCGAAAGUUCAAAUGGUACUAGUAAAAAACGCGCCCUAAAUGAAAAAGCCCACAGUAUUGAAAUUAGUGAUAAGGAAAAUAAAAAGACAGGUAAGUCAAACACCAACAUGACUGCUUCGGAGAAAUCGAAAAAGCCUGAAAAUAAAAUUGAAAAUUUAAGUUCUACAUUAUUAUCAUCAGCUAGUUCCAGAAUGUACAAAGGUAUAGAAAAGAGGAAUAACAAAGGAGAAACUGCUCUACAUGUAGCUUGUCGUUUAGGUAAAGUUGACACUGUUAUAGAGCUAUUGAAGCAAGGUGCUAACACUAACACUAAAGACAAUGCGGGCUGGACCCCUUUGCACGAGGUUGUACAAAAUGGUCGCUUAGAUUUGGUAAAAAUCUUAUUACAAUAUAAUACUCUCAUUGAUGUCCCGGGCCAAGGCAAUGAAACACCACUCCAUGAAGCGGUAAGGUACAAUCACACAGAAAUUGCCAAGGAAUUAGUCAAGAAUGGUGCAAAUAUUAAAAGUAGAAAUAGUAAAGGUGAAACACCAAUAGAGCUAGCAUCAGAUGACAUGAAGAAAGCCCUUGAAGAUGCGCUCGAUAACAUUAUUCAAACUCAAGGUGUAAAUGUAACUAUUAUUUCCGAGUUACAUGCUGAAUUAGACUUUGAAGAUAUAAGGGUGUUCUGCGUAUCACAAUUUCGUACCGUACACAACAAACUGAAGAUAUUAACAAAACAUCAUUCAAAUAUACAUAUUGAAGCUAAAUUCGUUAAAAAAGUUACUCAUUUAAUAGUAGACACAGAAGAUGACCAUAUAUGUACAUCCAGCUUAGAUAUUUUACAAGGAAUCGUUAGUGGAAUAUGGAUCAUAUCUUCACAAUGGAUAACAAAAUCAACGGAAACAAAUUUGGAGCCGUUUAACGACUAUGAAGUCAAGGGGGUUGGGAAUAGCUCGUACUUAGGUCCGAAAAACUCACGGUACAACAAAUAUAAGCAGCUACCGGGUAUAUUUAAUGGGUGCCACUUUUAUUUACACAAUUUCAAUACAAAGUAUGAAAUUUCAAAAACUAUAGUUCUCACUAAAGCAAUAUUAACAAAACUAAUCAUUGAUGCUGGCGGUGUUGUGUUACGACGUGUACCGAACCCUGAAUUAAUACCGGAUGCAGAGAAAUUGGUUCCAUAUCAUGCAAAGAAAGAUGGAAAACUUGUUAAUUGCUCUCAUUAUAUCAUUUUCAAAGAUAUUUAUGAGCCAAUGUAUAAUAUGGCUCACUUUAAGGCUCUACCGAUUGGUUGGUUGAUCGAAUGUAUAGAAAAAUAUGAGCUAUGUGAGCCUUGGUGAAACUUGCGGAUAAAAGAAAUAUAUAAUUUAUAACCCAAGAUAAUUAUAUGAAAAAUUAAAAGUAAUUUAAAAAAACAA